AUGGACCCGGUUGCCAUUGAAAAUAUUUCAAACUCUCUGCCAUCUCAGCAACAAAUAGCCCUUGCUAUUGCCAUCAUCAGAUGUAAACCCACCGGAGUGCCAUUACGAGAACACAUUCUCCAACUACGAUCCCAAAUCAGGCUUGGCCGAGACCCAAGAGAAAGAGCGAACCCGGUGUGUUAUGUUGAUCAAGUUGCCUACUGGAAGGAACGAUGCAAAGAAGCAGAAGACGAAUGCGACCGGCUUCGCAAUGUCAACAUCAAGCUUGAGAAAUCGAAUCAAUUGCUAUCGAACCAAUUGAGCACAAAUUCAGACCACGAAGCGAAUCCCAACAUUCAGUCGCCAUCACCAACGAAAAACUUAAAGCGACCAAGGCAGUCACAAAAGCAGGCUCAGCAUACGGUCUCUGCCGCACAAGAAAUUUUCGAUCAGGAUUUGGAUUUCCUGGAGGCUCUUGGAAAUGACGGCAACAUGCUCAUGAGAUCGCUGUUCAACAUUCAUUCAUUAUGUAGAGCCAGCGAUCCUGAUGCUCACACACUCUGUUCCAACUUGACCACUAGUGCUUCAACCAUGGGGAAGGUCAUAUUGUUCGUUGCUCAGAACUAUGAAUCUCUAGCUCGACAAGGACACAAGAUCUCUGGUGGAUCGAUUUCCCUGGAGAAAGACAAAUCGGACUUUGCUAAUGCACUCUCGGUGUGCGCCAGAACUUUCAUGUCUACACUAGUCGGGUUAGACAAACUCACAAAGUUAAACUCCGACAAAAGACUUGCAGGCUUAGUUAUUUGUGAGCUGGCAGACAUGUUCAAGGUGGGACUCAGAGCUAUUGAGAUAUCUGCCCGGCUCACAGCACAAAGUUUUCUCUCGCAGCCACCUGCCCAGAAGAAAAUUAAAACAAAGACAUAUGUAAAUAUCGGCAGAGAGUCUACCCCAGCCAGGGCAGUCGCACAUCUCCUGAUUAGCUUUCUGGGUCUUCUCGAAAAGAAUGAUGAUGUUCAUCAACGAAUCUUCGAGGGCUUCAUCUUCGUUCUUUUCGAACGCGUCGGCAGGAGACUUUAUUACUCGACCUUUGGUCAGCACCGCUCUUCUUAUAUCGAAACGAACAUCCUACCGAUACCUAGAGCAAAAGAUGCAGCUGAGGCCUCCAAGCGAGAAAGCGAUGCACUCGCCAUGCGUUUGGAGGCCAAAGCACUCAUUCUGAUCCUUGAGCGAGCAAUGGGUCUGGCCCCAAACCACAUGAACUUACAGAGCCUUAGAGUGCAGCAGAGUCCAAAUAGAGCUGCCCGUACAAUGAAUAUCAAAAAUAUCGCCACUACCUCGAGGGCCCGCCUGAGUCCUCUUGCUAAGGAUCGACUACAGCGCACGCUUGUUACGUGUAUGUAUGGACACAGUACUGAUGAUGACUUUUUGGACGUUCUCACGAAGCCGAUGCCUCAAAUGCGUCUAGGUUCGUUACAGAAUGUGGCCAAGGUGGAGGACGAAGAUGUGGAGACAUGGUAUAAGGAGGAAGUCUGGCGGCUUGUUGGCUGGGACAUUCUUGCGCGCGAGAGUGGAUGGUGA